UGAUAACUUUGUUUAUCUUUCUUUAUCCAGCUCCAGACAGACAAAUACAAAAUAAAACAAAGCUGAAUUAUUUGAGUUCUUAGAUAUUUUUUUAAUAAAUUUAAUAACAACCAACCAUGUUCCGACCGUAUGAUUGGGAAAACAGGAAUGAACAAGUUGUAGCCGAUACGUACAAUAUACUUCAGAGGACGUCCAAUAGCAUCAAUCGUUCCAAUCAAGUAGCAAUCGAAACUGAACAAAUUGGAACGGAGGUACUUUCUGAGUUAAGUGAACAGCGAGAAUCAUUGCUUAGGACCCAGGGUCGUCUGGAUAGUGCAGAUUCAGAACUAUCAAAGUCUCGAGCAGCUCUGCGAGCAAUACGACGUAAUGUUAUUUACAACAAGUUGAUAUUAAUUUUGAUAAUAAUUCUUGAAGUGGGCAUAUUGGUUGGUUUGUUGUUUAUUAAAUUUAAAUGACCUAAAGUAAGAAUUCAAGAUUAGCUUAAAUGUUUUAUUACAGUACACACUAUUAUAAAAGAAUCUCAUGUAGGUAUAAAUAAAUAUAUGCAGAGAUUCAA